GGGAAUAUAUGUAUAGAAAUCACGGAGCAAACACCUUAUCCUCAAAAAACCAGACAGACCGGCAAUGGCGUCACUGCUACUUCGAGCUCCACCAAUUUUCCCUCUCACUCUCCCUCUUUGCACUUAUCGCAUUUCCUCUUCGCAUUCCGAAACCCUAGGCACUUCCCUCACUUGCUCAUCGACUCCAAGCUCGCUUUCUGCAACCUCCUCUUGCUCCCCCCUCUUUGUGUACUGUGGCCGAGGCGAUAAGAAAACAGCAAAAGGGAAGCGUUUUAAUCACUCAUUUGGAAAUGCGAGGCCUCGAGAUAAGAAGAAAGGGAGAGGACCACCAAGAAUACCGGUUCCUUCAUCACCGCCUAAAUUAGAUCGCUUCGAAGACGAUGAGAAAGUUAAGAUUGAAAUCGAUGAGUCUCUUCUCUAGCUAGUUUUCUUAACUUAACUCCCCUACUCUCUAUUGUCUCUGUAUUUUAAAACUGAUGAGUCUAUGGUGCUUUAAUUGUUUGUUUUUUUAAAACUAUUGUUAUUAGUUCUACCAAUCCUUUGCUGCUAAUUGCUGUUUUCUGUUAUUGCGCCUGUUUUGUGGAUUAUCCUUUUUAAAGUCCGGUGUUUCAAAUGUAAGUUUUAUCGAAUCAGGAGACUGCA